GGCACGUGACCAUGCUAGAUAAUUAAAAUAAAAAUAAAUAAAGAAUGAGAGAGAGAGCACCUGGUGCAAAUAAAGCAGAACACCAGCGAGAAGUAACAGAAAGAGCAGAACGAGGAAGAGGAACAAACUAUGGCUGCAAGCUUCUUGUUUGCGUGCAAUUUUAAUGUAAACCAUGGCUGUAUGAAUGAUAAUCCGUUACCCAAACUGUUCUUGGGUGCUGGACACAGAAUCCGGGAUCAAACGCUUUCAAAUAGAAAUCAAACCCAUCAAUGCUUUCUAACAAGGAAGUCCUCUCGUAGGUUUUCCGUUUCUGCUGUCACCAAAGGUUCCGCGAAAUCAAGCAAGUCUGAUGAGAAAAUCCCCUCGUGGGCUAAACCGGAUUCAGACGAGCCUCCUCCUUGGGCACAGAAUGAAGGCAAGAAAGAUGAUGCACAAGAGGGAUUUGAGGUUCCCUUUUUUGUUUAUCUACUCGCCUCAGCGAUCACUGCAAUUGCCGCAAUAGGUUCUGUUUUUGAGUAUGUGAACGAAAGGCCAGUCUUCGGAAUCUUGGGUUCAGACAGCAUAUUUUAUGCUCCAGUCCUUGGAUUUUUUGCAUUUACUGGCAUUCCCACUUCUGCAUUCCUGUGGUUCAAAUCUGUUCAAACUGCUAACAAGGAAGCUGAGGAGCAAGACAAGAGGGAUGGAUAUCGAUAGGCAUUGAAUAUCUCGGUGAGCUCCACAUAUGCAAUCCGCAGAAACCAGCAUAAGUGUUUGCAGAUGAAUUUUUUUUUUUUUUUUUUAUGACAUAGGAACACAACUUACCAAUGAAACAUAUCAUUUGUUGUAGUUACCUUCAGACAAAUGCAUCUCAUAUUCUCAUGUAUGAGAAAGUAUAGAUGCCUCUGCACAUACCCUAGCAUGAAAAGAUCUAUCAAAACUUUUUCUUUGGAAA